CCUGCGGGUCACGAUCCCUUGGAGGUCGAGCAACCCUUUCACAGGGGUCACCUAAGACCAUCGGAAAACAUAUUUCCAAUGGUAGCAAUGAAAAUAAUUUUAUGGUUGGGGGUCACCACAACAUGAGGAACUGUAUUAAAGGGUCAUGGCAUUAGGAAGGUUGGGAACCACUGCCUUACAGCAAGCAAAGCUGCUAAAAGCCUAAGUUAAUUGUUUUUGCUUUUUCCUUGUAGCUUAUCUAACACACAUGGUUUGAAUGUUUAUACAUAUUCCUCUUCCAGUUAUUUCUGUUGAUGCCACUUUUUCCUUUAUUUUUUCCUCUGUGUAUAUAUUCUCAACUGUCUGUCUAUAUCUCUGUCUCUUAUGUCUCAUUAUGUAGAGAGAUCUUUGAGGCUAACUGAAAGAAAGAAGUUGGCAGCUUGAGCUUUUUAAGUCUACUUCCUCAGGUACAUUGGAUGGAGUGGAAGCCAGACUGCAAUGGAGCUCCUUGAAGAAGACCUUACAUGCCCCAUUUGUUGUAGUUUGUUUGAUGAUCCACGGGCACUACCCUGUUCACAUAACUUCUGUAAGAAAUGUUUGGAAGGGAUCUUGGAGGGAAAUGCCCGGAACGUAAUUUGGAGACAGUGUCCUUUCAAAUGUCCUACAUGCCGGAAGGAAACGAUUGUUACAGGAGUUAAUAAUCUCCAAGUCAACUAUUCUCUAAAAGGUAUUGUGGAGAAGUAUAACAAGAUUAAGGUAGCCACAAAAAUGCCUUUGUGUAAAGUUCACAGUGGCCAGCCUCUCAACAUUUUUUGUCAGACAGACACACAGUUGAUAUGUGGCAUUUGUGCAACUCGAGGAGAUCAUAUAAGGCAUGUGUUCUGCUCCAUCGAAGAUGCUUACUUUCAGGAAAAACAUGCUUUUGAGACAUUGUUCCAAGGGUUUGAAACUUGGCGUUGUGGGGAUGCACUUUCUCGACUGGACACUCUGGAAACUAGCAAGCGGAAAGCCCUGCAGAUGUUGACAAAAGACUAUGACAGAGUAAAAGAUUUUUUUGAGAAAUUACAGUAUACACUGGAACAAAAAAAGAAUGAGAUACUUUCAGACUUUGAGACAAUGAAACUUGCAGUUAUGCAAGCGUAUGACCCAGAAAUCAAUAAACUGAACACAAUUAUACGAGAACAACGAACAGCAUUUAACAUUGCUGAAGCUUCUAAGGAUGUGUCUGAACCCAUUGUAUUUCUGCAGCAGAUGCAAGAAUUUCGAGAGAAAAUCAAGGUGAUCAAGGAAACUAGAUUACCUUGUCUUACUGUAGACAUCAACUCUACAAUUAAAGGCUUUGAUACUAGCCACUGGGAACAAUUUAAGUUAGCAGAUGUGGACAAACUUUCUUUACCUCAGGAGAAAAGUAGUGUUAAAGGGGUAAUUUCUCUCUUCUCACUCAGAUUUAUUGUGACAGCUUUGCUUUGCUCGCUUAUCCUUGGUGGUACAAUGCAGAUGUGCUUUAUGGAUUUUAUUGUUGAUACUCUUCAGUGCUGGAAAACUCUUGUUUUUACAUUAGGCUCAGGUUAUCUGCCAGAUACAGCAGAAAUGGCAGGCCAUGCUGUCUUCUACUGGGAGAAAGUGAAAGACAGUGCUGCUGUUCUUAGUGAAAUAUGUGUAAACUAUAUCCUUAUGAUGCUGGAUAAUGUUGCUCAAUUUGUGUUCAAAUACAAACUUUUGUAACUGCCACCAGUAUAUAAGACCUGUAUGUUCAAAGUGGUUGCUUUAGUGAUCAUGUAUUCUUCCGAUGUUGGAAUGCAACUUCCACGGUAUGUAAUCCUUCAUAAUUGAUUGUACUGGCUAGAGUUGAUGGGAUUAUGAUCAAAUGGAUUACGGAAGGAACAACUCCUGCCCUAGAGUUUUAAAAAAAACCUCAUCAGAGAAUAUUGGUAAACAUUCGAAGAUUUUGAAAAUAAUUUUAAAAUAAAUUCUUGUAUUGAUAAUGUCCCCAUCUCUGUGGUUCACAUAUAAGAAGUAUUUUGCUUACAUUAUUUUUGCAAUAAGAUAAUAGGCUGUGGAGGUUGCAGUUUUCCCACCCUAAUCUAAAGCCAAGGAAGCUAUUCUCUAUUAGUAAUGGACUGGAUGAUAAUGAACAAGUUGAAGCUCACACCAGACAAAAAAAAAAAAGAGAGAGAGAGAACCUGGUUGUUGGAAUGGAUAUCCGAAAUAAGCAUCUAAUGUGCAGGAUAGAAUUACCUCAUGUUUUUGGUUAAACCCAGAAGUGCAGAGGUGAGUGCUCCCAAACUGUGCUCAUUUCUGGAAAUGGCUAAUUGUGGAGAUGCAUGCUUUCAUUACAUCCCAUUUUGACUAUUGCAAUGCACGCUACAUGUGAUUCUAUGGGGGGGGGGAGUGCUUAGAAAAUUCAGCUGGUCCAGCAUAUUGCAGCUAGACAAUUAACUUAGGGCUGUUGUGGGGAGCAUGGAGCUUCUUUGUUAUGACAAUCCUAGAGGCUAUUCAAUGUGCUAGUUACAACUUGCACAACCCUAUCUGAAUGGUUCCAGUAAGUCUGAGGACAGCAUUCCCCCACACUAGCUUGCCUGGGAUUUGAGAUUUUGGGAGGAUGACUUGUCCUGCUUCUUUCAGAAGUACAUUUGGAGGGGAUGUGAAAGGGGCUUUUGCAGUAGUUGUUCACAGGCUGUGAAGACCCUGGUGAAGGUAGCUCAUUGGUCCCCUACCUGUUGUCUUUCAACAGGCAAAGACCUUUCUUUUCAGGCCUUUGGCAAUUAAGCUGAGUUGCUGCAUAAAGGGCUUUCAAUAAGGUGUGUGCUCCCCCCCUUUUACUUUUUAAAAGCUGUGUUUUAAUCUGUUUUAAUGGAGUUGGUUUGCUUUCAUUAUUUUCAGCGAUCUUGCCGUGUUUGUGUGUAAAUCUAGUGAAUAAAUAAUAAACAACAGAUUAUUUUUUAGAAAGAUAAUUA